AUGGCAACCUCUAAUCAAGACCGCGAGCAGCACAUCAACGAGGGUCUUCGUCGGCUCGAGGAGUUCCAAAGGAGAAGGGUACAGGGCUCUGACGCGGGACAAAUGGCUGUGCAACGUCCGCCCUCGACGGUCGCGGUGUCUCGAGACCCAAACGCUACUCCGGCGUCUCUUCCGAGUCCGUCACCGAGCUCCUCGAGCGCGAAUCUCGGUGUGUCGACCAACCCCGCUCCGAUAGCGGGGACUACAUCGCCGAGGAGCAACCCAUCUCCAGCUGGCGCCCUGACAUUUCCGUUCCCGGCCAAGUUGCAAGCUCUGCUGCAAUAUCUGAUGAGCACGCAGGCCAGCAGCGGAGCAAACUCACCGCCGACGUUGGAUGAAAUACAACGUCAAUGCUCAGAAAUUCUGAGAGAAUCGGCCGCGGCGGAGGCUCAGCGGCAGGCGAUGCUAGCUAGGAUCCAUUCCUUAGAAGAAUCGCAUAUUCAAGCUCACAAAACCAUCGACCUCCUGGUGGCUGAGAAAUCGCGCUUGAAAGCAUCGCUUGAAGCCCUGGAUUACCAACUCUACGCGAAAACGCACGAGGUGGAAGUAUAUGAAUCGGAAGUGCGAAGUUUGAAGGGGAGAAUUACGACGACCGAAGGCCAGAUGGACGCUUUACGGGCCGAGUGUGAACGUGUUCAGAGUUCCGCGACUAGCGCAAGUUCGAAUGGCGCUCUCACCACCGCAGCCGAAACGGCUCAUCAGAAGCAGAUAGAGGAUCUUCUCGAGCAACGAAAACAUUCCGAGGAAAAGCUCAGCCAGUUGCUUAGAGCUUACGAACAGAAAAGAUCUGCUCUGGAAUCAACCGCGAAAGAGCUCUCAGUGGCUCAGGCAUAUAUUCGGCAGUUGUCAGGCGGCAAUGAGAACGCCUCGACCGUGACGACGGCGAGCAACGACGAGGUGAGGGGACUCUGCUUCAGUCUUGACGCCCUACGGGAGGAAUUGCGGACCGCCACCAGCGAGAAGAGCGCGGCAGAGCUCAUCUCGCGAAAUCUCGAAGCGAGCAACCGGGGACUUCAGGACCGUAUCGCCAAACUAUCUCAUGAGCUGCAAUUGCUCCAGCAGACGGCAAGUCACUCAAUCCCAGCGCCCGUGGAGGGCCCCCCAGCCGAAUCUGGCGGAAUCGUUUCCCGUGAGAAAAUUUCGGUCGAGACGCAAUGCGAAUCCCACCGUGAUUUCGGUGACGAGAGGCGGAAGAUCGACGCUGAAGAGAACGUCAUGAAGAUGCAGCUGGAGGCUUCCCAACGGUUGGCAGAGCAAUAUUAUCAGGAACUAGCAAGCUUGCGGUCUCAGAUGGCUGUCACCGGUGAACAGCUUCAAAAAGCUAAACUCGAUUCUAGUCGAGCCUGUCUUCAGAAUCGCGAGCUGAAAAGUCAACUCGAGGAGCUUCAAGAUGUGUUCGUUAGACUGAGUAAUGAAAAACUGGAUCUCACAGAACAGCUCGACGCUGAGAAGCAUCGAGCACUUCAUUUAGAGAACGAAGUUCGCCGAGCGAAGAUCCCCACGACAGCUCACCAAUCCCAGUCGAAUGAGUCUCAAACGGUGGCGCAAUGGGCGGAACGAUACGAGAAUCUUGAGAAACAACACGCUGCGUGUCAAAGAGUUAUCGCGGAGCUGCAGUCGAAGAUUCCGCCGAACAAUUGCCGUCCGAGUGAACAAUUGAGCAGUAUCGCAGAGCCCAAAGCUCAGAACGAUUCACCGAGUGAGUCGAUCUCCGAAUACGAGUUCGUCGAGCAGACGCCGGAGCACUCAGUGAGGGCAGCCGGCGAUCACGAUUUGGAUACAGAUGAUUUGUCCACAUCGAGUAGAGAGUCGACCUCGAAACAUGCCCGCGAUUCCGAGAAGAAUACUUCGAUCUGCAAGGACGAGCUCCUAGCGAAAUUCAGAGGAGCUCUCCAGAGAAUCGAGACUUUGGAAGGACAGAAGAGUUUCCUGGAGCAUCAGGUGGUUCAACUCCAGAUGGAGACAGACACUAUAUCCGAUUACAUACAGCUUUAUCAGCAACAACGAGCUGCGCUCAACAGACGGCAGUUGGAUAAGGAAGCCCAGAUGAAUCAGCUCAUUUCAGAUCGAGAGGAGUUGCGGAAGAAGGUGAGCCAACUUCAGGCGCUUGUGGGUAGACUGGUUCCCGCACCACCGAAGGAGAAUGUCUCGGAUCCGCGGACUGCCGCUUCCUUCGGCGACACGGACAGCUCACAGAUGAACAGAGAGGUUUUGACGCGAGAGAUAUUCAGUACUCUCGAAGAUAUUAGUCAGGCAUCAGCUUCGGUAUCCUUCGAUGGAUUCAAGUGUACCUCCUGCCACGGGUGCCAGGGGAAACUGAUUUCUCUGUAGUCACGAGUCAUCUGGAGCGCGCACAAAUUUUUGUCGAGAAUUUCGAGUGUUGAAGAACUAAAUAAGAUUCGUAUCUGAGAAA